AUGCAAGUUGUAGUACAGAACUUGAGCGAACCGGAAGACCGUAGCGGAAACUAUCCGCGCCAAGAUGACGGCCGAGCGAUCAACCCUGAAAUAUUUGGACUAGUACAGCUUGUAAAAAACUUUAAUCCCUCAUUAUCAUCUCCACCAGUUCUUAUUGUGGUAAUUGCAAUAGUGGACAUUGGAAUGGUUGCCGACGGUUUUCUGAACGUUAAUAAUUGCCCUAUAAGCACGAUGAUUCCUAUUUGGGUGAUUGUCGCUGCAUUAAGUUCGAUUGUCGAAAUAUGUUGUUUUUCCUUCAAAUCGCAUAUGGAGUCACGUAAUCAAACGCAUCCAUCUUGGGUUCGUUUUAUCGUUGGAAUAGUAGGAGUCUUCAGAGCUGGGUGGUACAUACCAGGAUGUAUUUGGGUGUACGGCGUCUACGGCCGGGUUAGUUUCGAUUCGAUUGACAAAGAGAACUACUGCGAUCAGGCUACAUACUACAUUGCUCUCCUCUUCUCGACGAUUUUCUCCUUGAUGAUACUGCUUCUCAUUGCCUUUUAUGGCUCACUUUUCCUCUUCUGUCAGGGCAAAAAAUUUAAGAUCGAUGUGAGCCGUCGCCAACUUGACCCAGACUGCGUUGAUGAAUGGCACUCAGGGCUUCUUUCGCGCCAUUUCAUAAAUGCCUAUUUCAACCUGCAAAAUCCGCAUCAGUUCUGCGCUCAUUCCCACUUAGAGACACUGUUAACGGCUAAAAUCGCCUCCGAAUCACGCUUAAAUGGUGUAGGGAAUGAGAGUACGGAGAGGAGCGGGAGCGUGGCGUCGUUUUUGGGAGUAUCGUGUCCCAGCUACACGCCUGGCCUGGUGGUCCCAGCGAAUAUCCCGGUCCCAACGCCACUUCUGGCGGAUAUCAUAUUUACUAAGAAAGGUGAACGACCACGAACAAUAAACAUAUUGCUACAACACAAGGGAGAUUAUGCUAAUUCGAUUAUUUCAAAGAUCUCUACAGAAGCGUCCUCUUCUAACCCAAAUCGUUGCGUCAGGAGUGAUUUCCGGGGCUGGACUGGAAGGUUUUUCUUCCUAGCUUCGGCAUUCAUUGCUCCUGCACUUAACAAAUGGUUUAAGUUGCUGGAAAGAGUGAAAGGUCCUCCGAAGAUAAUACCAUUGUUUCGCGUAGGAAUAGAUCAAAUAGCUUUUGCACCAGUGUUUAAUGCAUUGAUCUUGGUGAAUCUACGAUUAUUGGAAGGGUUAGGGCUUGAGACGUCGUACAGAAAAAUGAAGGAAGAUUGGUGGAUUAUAUAUUCAAGCAGUUUGAAGGUCUGGCCAGCAGUACAACUAGUCAACUUCUAUUUAAUUCCGUUAAAUAUGCGAGUGAUUGUCAUUCAGCUCGUGGCGUUUUUCUGGAAUGCAUAUUUAUCAUAUAAGACACAAACAGCUCUGGAUCAGGACAUCAGCAUGUUGAAUGGUGCGUUGGCGCUGUGA